AUGGACAAACACCCUCCCUCCCUCGAGUCGCUCCAGAGGGAGGUAAGUGAUCUCACAGCCAGUUAUCAUGGCCGAGGCUGGACAACCAAGGCCACAGACCUGGAGUUUGCAAUGACGACAGCGGGGAAUCGGAUACUCGCGGCAGACACGAAUUCUGACGCAACGACAAUAACGCUCGAAGAGCUAGCGGCAUGUGUGAAGGCAUGGAUGCAGGCCAAAUCAUGGAUUGUUGCCGAAGAUCUAGCCAUUCGGGUGCUGGACGCCUGCAAAAACUUGAAGGGAGAACAAGACUUCAUGACUAUGGCAGCGAUGCAUAAUCUCGCUUCGGCGUAUUUGUGCCGAGGGCAGCUGGAUCAGGCUGCUGAUCUCUCUGCCCGAGUGACAAAGUUGAGACAAGAGAUUCUCGGCGAGACGCACCCCCAGACAUUGGCUUCGAUGACGAAUCUAGCUUCCACAUAUCGAGCUCAAGGGCUUUGGGUUGAUGCUCAGAAACUUGAUGCGAGGAUUGUCGAGUUGAAGAAGAAUACUAUUGGUCCCAGGGAUCCAUCCACCUUGGUGUCCAUGUCUAACUUGGCUAUAUCGUAUGCCCAUCUGGGUCGGUAUGAAGAGGGCGAGUCAAUUUCGCGCAAAUUGGUCGACAUCGGAGAAAGGGAAUUACUUCCAACCAACGCCUCGCUGUUAAACUGGAAACUUACUCUGGCAUCGACCUACCGAGACCAGGGGAGGCUAGACUCUGCUGAAAAGCUAGAACGAGAGGUUGUCGCUGUUAGUCGGGACAUAUUUGGAACAAAUCAUCCCUUUACUUUGACCUCUAUGUCCAAUCUUGCAUCCACAUACCGCGAACAAGCCCGAUGGUCGGAUGCUGAGCGCCUUGAAAAAGAAGUCGUGGCUAGCAGCGAGGCCGUGCUCGGCGAAACGCACCCCCAAACACUAAUUUCCAUCAGCAACCUUGCCUCAACAUAUCGCAAUCAGGGUCGGCUCGAAGAGGCCAAAGAUCUCGGAGGAAAAGCAACAGCUGUGCUGAAAGAGGUCCUUGGGGAACGUCAUCCAAACACACUGAUUGCUAUGGUGGAUCUUGCAGUGACAUAUCAAAUGAUGAGUCAAUCACCAGAUGCCGAGAUCUUGGCCGCCCAGUCUCUGCAUUUGAUGGAAGAGACGAUAGGCAAAGACCAUCCAUAUACACUCCGCGCGAUGGCAAAUCUGGGCUUAAUAUACCAGUCGCAAAGCAAGUGGGAGGUCGCCGGAGGAAUAGCCGAAAAGGUACAUUCUCGCAGGGAAACAGCAUUCGGAACGGACCACCCAGAUACCGUGGCGGCACUGGAGGAUUUAAGGAGAGUGGCGUGGGUAGAGGCGGCGGAUCAGAAUGCACAGCGUACGUUGAAUUAG